ACUUCCUUCUACUUCCAACCGGCUUCCAUAUCCCAUCAGCGCCAAACAGUAAAGGCGACCACUGCGCAAUUCCCAUCCAGGAAAAUGAAGCCGAUUUUGUGUUGUGCCGUUUGCUCCCUCGCCCGAAGCUCCUGGAAAUGACUGGACUGGGCCUGCUUAACACCGCCCAGCAUCCCUCAUGAGGGAGACAAAGCCAAAGAUACAACCCAAGAUGGAAUACAAUCGAAUGGCCUCACGGCAACCGCGUGCCGUGUAAGCAUCGCCGAGUCUCCCACAGAUCCUCCCAAGCAAAGGCGAUGGGCCUUUGCCAUGGCAGAUGUGUAAAAGCUUUGUGGCGCCGCGAACUGCUGAAAUGACGGUGAUCCACUGUCGCGAAAUUGUCAAUGCAAGCGCUCGAUGAGGGGAGAGUCGGCAGAGGGGUCCCCCUCCGCCGUCGAAUAAAAGGGGCCUUGCUUUCGCCACCAUCUCAACCGUAAAGAAGCAUCGACAUCCCAACUCCCACGAUCCCUACAUCACAACAACGAACAGCCCACACACACAGGAACCGUCACAAUGCUCGCCAACGUCCUCAAGUUCCUCCUGGUCGCCGCCGCGGCGUCGCGGUCCAUGGCCGGCCCCUUGGAGCCGCGCGGCGUCAUCGACCACGACGCCAUCGUUGGCUUCCCCGAGACCGUCCCUGACGGACCCAUCGGCGCCAACCUGCUCCGCUUCAAGCCCAGGCUCAAGGUCUUCUCGGGCUGCGUGCCCUUCCCCGUCGUCGACGCUCGCGGCAACACUGGCGGCGGCCUCAAACCCACAGGCGGCUCCUCGAGCGGCUGCUCCAAGAACCUCGGCCAGGUGUACGCGCGCGCGGCCGAGUACAACGGCCGCUGGGCGCUCAUGUACAGCUGGUACAUGCCCAAGGACUCGCCGUCCCCGGGGCUGGGCCACCGCCACGACUGGGAGAACUGCGUGGUCUGGGUCGACGACGCCACCAGGGCAGACCCCAAUAUCGUCGCCAUGUCGGCCUCGGGCCACGGCGGCUACCAGCGCACGUCGGGCCCCUUCGCCGUCGACGGCACCCGGCCCACGAUCCGCUACUUCAGCACCUGGCCCCUCAACCACCAGCUCGGCUUCACCGACGUCAUAGGCGGCGAGCAGCCCCUCAUCGCGUGGGAGAGCCUCACCGACGCCGCCAGGGAGGCCCUGUCCACCACCGACUUUGGCGCCGCCGGUGUGCCCUUCAAGGACGACAACUUCACGAACAACCUGGCCAAGGCAUGAGGAGCUGGUCCAGGCGCGAUGACGAAUAUGUUAUGACAUUAUUAGUGCAUUUUGUUUAUCUCAAUAUUAAUUCCAUGCAGCAUGGCUUCUAUCGACCAUGUCUUCCUCGCUGUCGAGUGGGAUCUCUUUGUACAAGCCUCACCUGUGUCACCAGAGUGCAAACUACAAGGAUACCGUAACACUGGUUUUUUUUUACGUUUUAACUCGUUCCUCG